ACAUUAACUCAAACUCCAAUAUAUUUCACCUUUUGAGGAGCAAGAUUUAAGUUGACCAUGCAGUGGAUGAGUCUCCUUUAGAUGUAUAUCGGCCGAGUUUGUCUGAAUAUAAACCAAUCAUAUGAGCGAGGAGGACGGAGACGAGACCGAUCAAUUCUGUGACUAAGACUUUGUCUCUGAAAUGGCCAGAAAAAACUUGAAUCUCUGCAAUCUAAGUUUUUUGACAAUCUAGUGGGGAUGUCAAAAAAAUAAUGUGGGUGUCGUGGAACUAUGUGCUAGCAGUUUAGGAGAAAGGCGACUUAGAGAUUUUGGAAGUCUUGAUGUGCUAAAUUGUUCAUAAAUUCAAAAGUGGAGAUGAUGUUUUUGUUCAUGAACCUUGGUGUUUUGGGUUAGGUUCAGAUAUGAGAUUUGUGGAUAGAAAUUCUAUUAUAAGUGUUGGAGUGUAGUCGUUAAUUGUUAGCUCCAUUAACGGUCUUUAUGACAAAGGCAUUAUUUAUCUACUUUGUCAAGAAAGAUAAAAGAUAAUAAAAGUACUAAAUAUAAAAAUUAACUAAAGUGGAACCCAUGACUAAAUAUAAAAAUUAGCCAACUAAGAAAUCCAUAUCUAUUAAAAACUGCACAUUGUAUUUCACCAAAUAAACCAGACUAUACGAGCAGACCAUUUAAUGUAUUUCUGCUUUUGUUAAAAAAAAAGUAAUGGCAAGAAGCGAAACUCUUCAUCGACACAACCCCCUUUUAGAGCCUGAAUUUGAUUCUGUCUCUCGUACUUCUUUCAAUCGCAUUUAAUAGAAUUCAGCAAUCUCUGUGUCUCUAACAUCAAUGGCGGCUCUUCGAUUUCACCAUCCACUUCUAACUUCUUCUUCCUCUUCUUCAAAUUCAUCCCCUUUUCUGAAAUCUCAGCUUCAGAGAAACCGUUUAGUCAAUAUACACGCUAAUGGAAGUUUUAACAAUUUGGUUUCUGCUGCUCACCCCAAUGGAGACGCACCCGGUUCGAUUUCCAAAACAACAUCUUUCUCCCAGUUGAUUGAGUCGUUGAUUGAUAGAAAGAACUUGACGGAGGCAGAGGCGGAGGAGUCUCUUGAUUUUCUGCUGCAAGAUGCCAAUGAAUCGUUGAUAAGUGCUUUUCUUGUUCUUUUGAGAGCCAAGGGUGAAACUUAUGAAGAAGUAGUGGGAUUAGCAAGAGCCAUGUUCAAACACUGUAAAAAGGUAGAAGGGUUAGAUGAUGCUGUUGACAUAGUUGGAACUGGUGGUGAUGGUGCAAACACUGUAAAUAUCUCAACCGGAUCAUCCAUAUUAGCAGCUGCCUGUGGAGCAAGAGUUGCAAAGCAAGGGAAUAGGUCAAGCUCAUCUGCAUGUGGAAGUGCUGAUGUAUUAGAAGAAUUGGGUGUUGCCAUUGAAUUAGGACCUGAGGGUGUCAAAAGGUGUGUGAACAAAGCAGGAAUUGGUUUCAUGAUGUCUCCAAUAUACCAUCCAGCUAUGCAAAUUGUUAGACCAGUGAGAAAACAACUCAAAGUGAAAACCGUAUUCAACAUCCUUGGUCCUAUGUUAAAUCCAGCACGUGUCCCUUUUGCAGUUGUUGGUGUCUACAAGGAAGAUUUAGUUCAUAAAAUGGCUAAAGCACUUCAACGAUUUGGCAUGAAAAGAGCACUUGUUGUUCACUCUGAAGGCUUGGAUGAAAUGAGUCCUCUUGGGCCGGGGCUAGCCCUUGAUGUUACCCAAAAUUCAAUUGAGAAGUUCUCAUUUGAUCCAUUGGAUUUUGGGAUGCCACGUUGCACAGUAGAUGACUUGCGUGGUGGUGAUUCUAAAUACAAUGCAGAAAGCCUAAGGCGUGUAUUAUCAGGAGAAAAAGGAUCUAUUGCUGAUUCAUUUGCACUCAAUGCUGCAGCAGCCCUUUUGGUGAGUGGGUGUGUAGAGAGCCUAGGAGAAGGAGUGGUUUUGGCUCGUGAGACUUUAGAAUCUGGAAGAGCAAUCAAAACUCUUGAUUCGUGGAUUGAAAUCUCUAAUAACUCCAUUAAUAUUGAAGUGAUGGCAUGAAAUCAGUUGAAAGGUGAGAAGCUGUUGUAGAUUCAAUGGCAUAAUUAGUUUUUUUGAAGGUUUGCUUUUCUUUCAAUUUUGGAGUUUGUAAUGUGGUUUAUGCCAUUUUUGUGGUGAACCCAUCAUUCUAAAAGAGCAUAGAGGGUUUUGUUACUCGUUUUCGGAGAAGAUAUGUAUUGAUAUGAUACGAUACAAUGAAUUAGUGGUUCAUUUUGAAAUAAUGAGAUGGCAUUUUCUUUUA